AUGACCACAGUGCCACGAGAUACGCCCGACCAAACAGACGAGACGGAUUUUGUUGAGUUUCGGCUUGCCGGGGACAGCGUGACGGUGGUGGAGCAUGGCCCUGUGCCAAUCGAGCCAGAGACAGAUAGUGGAGACGCUCUGGAAACGCCCGCUCACAAGGACGAAGGCUCGUUCCACAGCACAUCUGACGACGAGGAGUGGAAGGAGAUGGAUAUACAGGUUAAUCACGACGACAUUUACAACAUCCGCGGCGAGAAGAUCGAUACGUUUGUGCAGUCUGCGGAGACGAUAGACAACAAGGCCGAGUCGUCCCAGGGGUACACGCGGAUCUCGGCGCAGGAGGAGGCGGCCAAGUAUUUGGAGAUGAACGAGAAGUUUGAUUUCUUGUUCCAGAACGAAAACUCGAACCUGCGAAAGUUGCGCAACGGCGACGGGGGCUCUGAUGAGGCCAUUGACGAGACAGCUGACGAGACGAUCGACGAGACGAUCGACCCGAGCGCGACGCAGCUCGAGGAGCAGCUGUAUUCGACGCGCUCGAUGCUGACGGAACCCCAGAAAGUGGCGUAUGCCGCGCUGGUCAAGCUGAUCAUUUUCCGACUGCACUUGGACCUGUCGCUGCUGCGAGGAUCCGGUUCGUCGAGCAUUUACAAGAAGAUCGCUGUGGCGCAGAAAUCGUUCACGCGGUGGAGCAUGGGCGUCAUGGCGCAGCUGUACGAGCAUCUGGGCAUCAAGGAGGGCGCCGAGCGCGAGAUGAUUGAGAAGCUGAGCUGCCACGGCAUCGAGGCGAGCGACCUUGUUGGCUGGCUCAACACGAACCUCACGCUCGACAACAAGCUGCGGCCCGAGACGGUGCAGACGAUCGGCGUCGACGCGUCGGAAUCGACGCUCGACAUCGAUAUCCGCUGGACGCUGAUCUGCGACCUGUUUCUGAUCCUGCUGGAGUCGUCAACAUACGACGCGCGGUCGCGGACGCUGCUGCUGCAGUUUGCAACGUCGAUUGGGCUCGAGCAGCUGGCGGUGUUCCAGUUCGAGCGGCGCAUCACCGACGCGCUCGAGAUGGAGGCGUCGAUGGCCCGUCUCAACAAUUCCCAGGUCUGGGACGAAAAAGACAUCCUGGCAGAGCACAAGCGCAAGUACCGCAAGCAGAAACUGGUCAAGAUCGGGUUUGCAACCGUGGCCGGCGGGCUCGUGAUUGGUUUGAGUGCCGGCAUGCUGGCUCCCGUCAUUGGUGCCGGACUAGCUGCUGGGCUCACCACGGUUGGCAUUGGUGGCACCUCUGGAUUUCUGGCAGGUACGGCAGGUACCACCAUCAUCACGUCGACGGGAGUUUUGACCGGCAUGCGGAUCGGCAAUAAGGGCAUGGGACGACGCGUGGGCGCCGUCAACACGUUUGAGUUCAAGCCGCUGCACAACACGGGCAGAGUGAACUUGGUGCUCACGGUGAGCGGGUGGAUGUCGGGCAAAUUGGACGACGUGCGGCUGCCGUUCAGCACAAUCGAUCCUGUCAUGGGCGAUUUGUACUCUCUGCUGUGGGAGCCAGAAAUGCUCACAAGCAUGGGACAGACCAUCAAUAUUCUGGCGUCCGAGGUGCUCACGCAGUCGAUCCAGCAGAUUCUCGGCAGCACGAUCCUGAUCACGCUGAUGGCCGCCGUGCAGCUGCCGAUGAUGCUCUCGAAGCUCGGCUAUUUGCUGGACAAUCCCUGGAACGUGUCUUUGGACCGGGCCUGGAGCGCAGGACUGGUGUUGGCGGACACCUUACGCCGCGGCAAGCUGGGUUUCCGACCCAUCACGCUUGUCGGGUUCAGUCUGGGCGCGCGCGUGAUCUACAGCUGUCUUUUGGACCUUGCCAAACGCGGCGACUACGGCCUGGUCGAGAACGUUUAUCUGUUUGGGUCGCCGUUUGUGGUCAAGCAGGACCAGGUCGCGAUGGCCCGGUCGGUCGUGAGCGGCCGUUUUGUCAACGGGUACUCGAAAAAAGACUGGAUUCUGGGCUAUCUGUUCCGUGCAACCAGCGGCGGUCUGAGCCGUGUGGCCGGUCUCUCGCCCGUCGACGAGGUGGAGAACUUCAAUUGCUCGGAGCUGGUCCAGGGACACAUGGAGUACAGGAAAGUGAUGCCGAAGUUGAUGAAGGAGAUGGGCUGGGAGGUGCUGAACGAGGAGUUUGUAGAGAUCGACCAACCAGACGAGGAGGAAACCAAGCGGCAGCGGAAGCUAGUGCACGAUUUUGAGCAGGCGGCGAAAAACCACGAGGGAGGCAAGUCCAAGAAGUGGUACGACAAGCUGUUCCGCAAAAAUAAUAAGCAGUGGUGGGAGAUGUACGAGGAGGGUGUCAAGGAGGAGGAGCAGAAGCAGGAACUGUUUGACGUGGACGAGCUGGCCAAACAGGUGGAGGAGAUCGCGAAGGAGGCGCACACGGAGCCGGCCAGCAGCAGCAGCCAGUUGAAGCAGUUUAAUCUGAAGACGCCGCCGUCGGGCCAGUCGUUUGACUCGGGAGACCGCAAGACGGUGUCGCCGUUCAAUAUGAAGGUGGUGAAGCCGGAGUCGGAGACGGAGACGGCGGAAUACAGGCCGUUCAAGCUGAACGAACGACGGAAACCGAGCAGGUCUGAAAAUGCCAAAUUAAACCUAAACGCAGUGGAGACAGAGAAAAGGAAAAAAGAAGACUCUACUAACAUCUAUGACGAUGAAGACGAGUUCCCGACCGACGAACGCAACCUGGAAAUCACCUUUAUCUGA